CAGCGACUGGAGAUACGAGCACAAGUUGCAAAUGCCUUCCUAGCAAAGUUCCAGCUGACAUCUGAGGAAAUGAGCAUUUUACGUGGAAGUCAUGAAGGUCCAUUAACUGAAGAGUUCUUCAGGGUUCUGGAUAAAGUUAAACAGAUCCACAAUGAUGUCAAAGUGCUUCUGCGAACAAACCAACAAACAGCAGGGCUGGAAAUUAUGGAGCAGAUGGCUUUACUCCAAGAGACAUCAUAUGAGCGGCUGUAUCGAUGGGCUCAGAAUGAGUGCAGAACAUUGACGCAAGAAUCAUGUGACAUAUCUCCUAUUCUCUCUCAAGCGAUGGAUGCUCUACAAGACAGACCUGUCUUAUACAAAUACACAUUGGAUGAAUUUGGAACAGCGAGAAGGAGUGCCGUGGUGCGUGGGUUUAUUGAUGCACUCACCAGAGGUGGGCCUGGUGGAACCCCCAGACCUAUUGAGAUGCAUUCUCAUGAUCCAUUGAGGUAUUUGAAGAAUAUCAACAAACACGUAUAUCUGCACUCAAAUCAUGAUGUGACACAUACUAACUUCGGAAAAUCUCAGCACAAGCCCAGCUUCAGUUACGUUAAGAUUUGCCCCUAUUCUACAAACACACACGUUAUCUAUAGCACAUGA